CCUACAAAAUCAGAAAAAUGUCGCUGUUAAUAAAUUACUCGUAGUUUCGCUCGACUGGGCAGAACUCGUGAUGGAACAUUUGUAGAAUCAUCAUAUCAUUAUCAUAUAUUCAUAUGUAUCAUGUAAUCGACACUAAAAUUCCAACAACUUCAUCAAUUUCCCGCACCAUAUCCUCUCCUCUCUUCUCCCUUCGUUCUUUCUUCAGUCCAAUUGACCCUCCUCAGCACCCACGUUACGAGCCAUUUACUGAGUACUAUCUCCACCCGAGCGAAGGUACCGGCGCCGUUAUCAGCCCCAUCAUGCUUACCGGUGACAACUAUGAGUCCUGGUCUCGUUCUCUUCGCAAUAACCUUCGCGCGAAAAAUAAACUGGGCUUUAUUGAUGGCACUAUUCCGGUUCCUGAUGCAAAAUCUCCCGAUCUUCCGCAAUGGGGUAUUGUUAAUUCUAUGCUUGUUGCUUGGAUUUUUAAUACUUUAGAUAUGUCUGUUCGUUCAACUAUGCGUUUUCCUGAUAAUGUUAAGUCUUUAUGGGAUGAUUUACGUGAUAGAUACUCACUGGGUAAUGGUCCACGAAUUCUUGAAUUAAAGAAUAAAAUUCGUGAUUGUCGUCAGAAUGGUCGUUCAGUUGCUGUUUUUUUUGGUGAAUUACGCCAACUACAGGAUGAACUUAUGAGUUACUGUAAGUUGCCUGUAUGUUCUUGUUCUGCUGCUCCAGAAUAUUUACGUUUGCAGGAGACUGAAUAUUUGCAUCAAUUUUGUCUCGGUUUGGAUGCAAAGAAGUUUGGAACUCUUGUGUCAGGUUUGUUAAUGCAAGAUCCUCUUCCGUCUCUUAAUGUCGCCUAUGCGAAAAUUGUUUCGGAUGAGCGCAAGCAGUUAGUUUCCGAGAGUAAUGACACCUCUCGUCCGGAUGCCGUGGGUUUUGCGGCUGUGUCUCGACCAUCUCCUUCUGUUUCUGAUGAGCCGAGGGUGUGCAGCUACUGUGGUCGACAGGGGCAUGUGAAGGAUCGUUGUUAUCAGUUACAUGGUUUCCCGGACAAGCGUGGGGGUCGUGGUAAAAAUGUCCGUGGUGGUCGAAGCUCGCGUGGGGGUUCUGUUUUUGCUGGCAGCACUAGUGGGGGUUCCCGUACUGCUUCAGGUUCGGCCGAAGUCACUGAAAGUGAUCGUCGGUCUGCUCCGACCCUCACUGAUGAUCAAUGGCAGCAGCUCCUCUCCUCUCUAAAGGGCUCCACUGUUUCUUCCUCCACCGAGAAAUUAAGUGGACCUCACUUUGAAGAACCUGAUUGGAGCGGGAGUGCAGUCUAAUGGGGUCUAUGUUUUUCAACCGAUUUGUGGUCGUUCGUUUCACGCCAACAAAGUCGCCAAGGUUGAUGAUGCCAGUCUGCUGUGGCAUCGGCGUUUAGGUCAUCCGUCUCUUAAAGUUCUUUCCUCAUUACCUGGGUUAGCUGGUUGUCGUAGUUCUAGUUGUGAUUUGGAUUGUCCUAUUUGUUUUAUGGGCAAACAACCUCGUAACUCUUUUCCUAUUAGUACUAAUAAAGCCAGUGAUGUUUUUGACUUGAUUCAUUGUGAUAUUUGGGGACCAAAUAAAAUUUCGACAACCUGUGAUGCACGUUAUUUUCUUA